AUGCCAUCAAAAUACCACAGGGAUAAACUCGUUGAACUUUCAUCCGAAUCAUUUCAAGCUGGCAACCGUACUGGCGUUGGUAUAUCGCUUUCCACAAUGAAAAACAUUCGUGCUACAGCAAGAAAGAAAACACAAGUCGACAAAAAUUUGUUCACCGCAAUUUCUUAUCUUCAACAGUCCAUAGAACGAGAAGAUGAAAAAAUGCCAUGGAAGUGGGACAUAUUUGGAGAAAGUUGUUUGGUUAUAUUCAACACUUCAAUUUAA